AUGGGAUUUGACUUCUCAGUACUUGCAUGUCCUGAGAUUAACACAGAAUCCCAGUUUACAUCGUUCGACGUUAAAACCUUGAACAUGAAGCCACUUUUGAGGAGAGCACUUCUUCGAUUCCUUGGCUUCUUCUUGCUAAUCUUUCUAAGUCCUUUGCUAUUCGUUCGCCUGGAGUACACAGAGAAGGACGAUAAGCAGGAAAAAUAUCAGUUGUUAUCCUCUUUGUACACGUCCAUGGGGUCUAAAUACAACAUGUCUCUUGAGGAAUUUAACAUGUUUUGCAGUGUUGCGUAUGAAGCUAUGAGCGUUCCUAAACCACAGUGGACCUAUCUUAAUGCAAUUGAUUUCGUCGUACAGACUGUAACCACUAUAGGUUAUGGAUACAUUACUCCUCAAACGCCAGAAGGUCAGAUAUUGUGUAUCUUCGUGUCCCUACUUGGAAUUCCUAUAACCUUGCUCACUUUGAAUUCCGCCGGCGAGUUAAUCGCCAAGUUGAUUGACAAAAUUCUCACCAAGUUUGAAAGAAAAUUCCUCGGAAGACCAGAGCCGAAACAUGUUAAAACUAAGACCGCCGCUAUUUUGGGUUUAGUUAUGAUAUUGAUCAUGAUAGCGUGUGGCACAGCGUCAGUAUGCUCGGUUUCGGGUUGGACUUUCGUCGAAGGAGUGUAUUUUUGGUUCAUCACAUUCUCCACGAUCGGCUUUGGCGACUACUUAAUCGACCGACCCAGCUGCAGGAUCAAGAAGCUACAGUUGACUAACUCUACAUACCAGGGAAAAGAGAAUGCUGAAAUCUUUCAUAGUUCCCAUAUACCCAAAGGCAUUUUAUUCAUGUGUGUAUACACGUCAAGUCUAAGCAUUGUCUGCAGUGUAAUAAAUUCUAUCAUGGCUACUGUCGAGGAAAGCAAAUGUCGCCCUCGAUGUCUCGGAUGUUUUAUGAACAAAACGCGAGACUCUCACGAAAACACUGGGCAACAUUGCCAGGAUCACGUAGCGAUGUCUUGA